UCUUUAUUUAUCAUGGCAGUGAAAGAGGGGCGCUGCAUCUUUAAGAUCUGCCCCUGUGUGUGUGUGAGUUUGUGAGAGAGAGCAGAGGGGCUUGUUUAUUGUUCCAGGGACAAAAGCGUGAGUGAGAAUCAUAAAAGCAUCGAGGGAGAUUAAACUACACGGCACAUCACAGAGACAGAGCGUGAUACGCACACACAUACUCACAUGGCUGGCUCCGGUUUUGAUUGGCUAAGACAGUUGCUACGACGCCUCAGAGGUGUGGAUGAGAAGACCAGUAACCCCAGGAGACUCCAGGAGGUCACAUCAGGUUGCUAUGACUGCUGCAUCCGCUGCCUGGGCGCCGUGCCCUACACCAGCCUGCUGGCCACCCUGCUCUGCUACACCGGUGUGGCGCUCUUCUGCGGGGGAGGGCAUGAGGCGCUCACUCACACACGCACAUUCGUAGAGCUCUACUUCGCAAGGGACGUCCAGGAUUUCAUUGUACUGGCAGACUUUAUAAAAUAUUUCCAGUAUGUGAUCUACGGUCUGGCCUCCUUCUUUUUCCUCUAUGGAUUGUUGCUUUUGGCUGAAGGUUUUUACACCACCAGUGCAGUAAAGCAGACGUUUGGAGAAUUCAGGAGCACCAAGUUUGGGCGCUGCCUCAGCCUGACUUUCAUAAUCCUGACGUACGUGCUCGCCGUGAUCUGGCUGGUUGUCUUUGGCUUCACAGCCAUUCCUGUGCUCUUCUUCAUUAAUAUGGAAAGCUCCUGUCACAAAGUCAACAUCCUGUCAGAAACCACCUUGUUCAACCAGCAAGCAAGGGUCUGCAUGGAUGCACGGAUGUAUGGGUUUCUUCCCUGGAAUGCUGUGCCGGGGAUUGUUUGUGGAAAUACACUGGCAAGCAUCUGCAAAACACCAGAGUUCUAUGUGACCUAUGACCUUUACAUCUGUGCAUUUGCUGGAGCCGGAAUCACCCUUCUUGCCCUGUUCGUUUACGUGGUUGCCACCACCUACAACUACGCUGUUCUAAGGUUUCUCGGAAGGAAGGGAAUCCGUUGCUAGGUUCGGUGUUGCUAGGCCCGCUUUCCUGUCGCCUGUGGCAGCAGUUUCAGUGGUGUCAUCAGUGUGGCCGGUGAGGAAACGCAAAAGAGCUCCAUGAAGCCCCUGCAGAGUUCUAUCAUACAGAGCACAAACACACACACACACAUACACACAAACCACUGGUUUCAUGAGACAAAUUAGUAGAAACUACACUAAGGUAGAUUUACCAAUGAAAAUGCAACAAUUCAUUGAAGCACUACACGUAAAACCACAAACUACUGUACAGUGGAUCUCUGGAGGAGUGGAAUCUAACUUCUGUAUUUCUUCAUUUGUCUCCUCUCUCUCUGUCUUUGCUGCACACAUUAUUAUAUACUCUCAUGGCCAUUUAUUCAUUUUAAUGAUUGUAUUCAUUGUGCUUCAUGGUCUUAUUAAUGCCUUGCGGUUUGCCAGGAUUUUAGCCUCUCUCAUCUCUCUCUCACACAUUCCAUCUUUUUAAGAGAGUUUGAGUGUGUUGUUUCCUCAGUCAGAUGUGGGUGUUUUAUUCUGUGUGACAGCGCUGUAGUGAACAGCUUUCUUUGUGUCAAUUUGAAUUCAGUAUUUACAGACAUUCUUAGUGUCACCUUCUGUGUGAUUUUAUGUUUCUGGGUGUAUUUGUUGUAUAUUUUGACUAACUGUGGCAAUAUGCUGAACCUGAUCAAUGAUGGUGCUCGAUCCAAGGAACUAAUGUUUUUUUUAUUGUUCACUUACUGGCUUACUUCAGAAAACUAAAUAUUAUUUCUACAGUAAGAUUGAUAACUGUAAAUGAUUAAUAAAACAUACAGAAUUCAGACUGAAGUGAAUUUACAUAAACUGUGUGUUGAAUAAACUUUAAUUUCCUUUAAUGAAAGCGGA